UUCCCUCAGCGGCAGCAGCGGCGGCAGCAGCCUCAGCAGCAGGAGUAGCAGCCGAGCAGCAGCAGCCGAGAGCGGCAGCCAGGACGCUGGAGUCAGUAGGAUUGUAGGAUCGGAGCCCAAGUGGGAGCAGGAGUGGAGCUGGCCUGGGAGAGGAGCCGAGCCCUCCCAGGACCCUCAGGCCACCUACUGCCUGCACUCCCACUGCCAGACCUCCAGAGGAGAGACCCGGGACACCCAGCCCCAGAUCCCCCAGCCUCAGGAUGGCGUCCUCCCUGCUUGAGGAGGAAGCUCACUAUGGCUCCAGUCCGCUGGCCAUGCUGACGGCGGCGUGCAGCAAAUUCGGCGGCUCCAGCCCUCUGCGGGACUCCACCACCCUGGGCAAAGCAGGCACCAAGAAACCGUACUCUGUGGGCAGCGACCUCUCGGCUCCGAAAACCAUGGGGGACGCCUACCCAGCUCCCUUUUCAAGCACCAAUGGGCUCCUCUCCCCUGCAGGCAGUCCUCCGGCACCCACCUCGGGCUAUGCCAACGACUACCCUCCCUUUUCUCACUCUUUCUCUGGGCCCACAGGCACCCAGGAUCCCGGGCUCCUAGUGCCCAAGGGACACACUUCCUCUGACUGCCUGCCUAGCGUCUACACCUCUCUGGACAUGGCGCACCCCUAUGGCUCCUGGUACAAGGCAGGCAUCCACGCAGGCAUCUCACCAGGCCCGGGCAAUGCUCCUACACCUUGGUGGGACAUGCACCCUGGGGGCAACUGGCUGGGAGGCGGGCAGGGCCAGGGUGAUGGGCUGCAGGGGACAUUGCCCACAGGCCCCACUCAGCCUCCGUUGAACCCCCAGCUACCCACCUACCCGGCCGACUUUGCCCCUCUUAAUCCAGCCCCCUACCCAGCUCCUCACCUUCUGCAACCCGGGCCUCAGCAUGUCUUACCCCAAGAUGUCUAUAAGUCCAAGGCCGUGGGCAAUAGCGGGCAGCUGGAGGGGAGCGGUGGAGCCAAAACCCCCCGUGGCACAGGCACAGGGGGCAGCGGCGGCUAUGGGGGCAGCGGAGCGGGGCGCUCCUCCUGCGACUGCCCUAACUGCCAGGAGAUAGAGCGCCUGGGGGCGGCGGCGGCCGGGCUGCGGAAGAAGCCCAUCCACAGCUGCCACAUCCCCGGCUGCGGCAAGGUGUACGGCAAGGCCUCGCACCUGAAGGCGCACUUGCGCUGGCACACGGGCGAGAGGCCCUUCGUCUGCAAUUGGCUCUUCUGUGGCAAGAGGUUCACGCGUUCGGACGAGCUGGAGCGCCACGUGCGCACCCACACCCGGGAGAAGAAGUUCACCUGCCUGCUCUGCUCCAAGCGCUUCACCCGCAGCGACCACCUGAGCAAGCACCAGCGCACCCACGGCGAGCCGGGCCCGGGCCCCCCGCCCGGCGGCUCCAAGGAGCUGGGGGAGGGCCGUGGCGUGGGGGAAGAGGAGGCCAACCAGACACCCCGGCCUCCAGCCUCUCCGGCACCCCCAGAGAAAGCCCCCGAGGGCAGCCCGGAGCAGAGCAACCUGCUGGAGAUCUGAGCGGGGUGGAGGGUCUCCAGCCCGGGGCUGCUCGCCAGCCUCUCCUGGCCCCGUGGCCCACUGCUUGGCCCUCGCUCCUUUGCUCCAUGCAUGCUGCCCUUUGGGGUGCUCUCCAUCUCUCCCCAGCUAUGCUGAGCCUGGGUAUCGCCCUGCAUGCCUCCUCAGCUCCCCGCUUCCCCUUGCCAUAAGCC